GCACCGGAAGUCAAGUCACCGCUAAGACUACGGCUCGAGAGUUGGCUCAACAAAAACAUGAAGAUAUUGAUGAGUGACGGCAGGACUUUAGUCGGCAUAUUCUUGUGCACCGAUCGCGACAGGAAUGUCAUUCUCGGCUCAUGUCUUGAAUACCUUAAACCCAAUGACGACGGAUCUACCGAAGAGCCCCGAGUGCUGGGACUGGCAAUGAUUCCCGGACAACACAUUGUCUCCAUUCAUGUCGAUAAACCACAUCCCAUCACAUGAUUCAUGAAUUUGUUGUUUCAUUCAUACAUUCAUUAGAUUCUUGUUUUUUUUGUAAAUUGUAGUAAAAUUUGUUAAACGAUUCAAUAUUUAAUUGAUAUAAAGAUUAAAAUUAUUUUAAAAG